AUGUCAAACCCUCACUACAUUCGAGUCCCUCGUGAAGGGAACCCUUCCCCCAACAUCGUACAUCAGAGCACCACAUACUCAGAGCAGACAAACGCUUGGUUGCGAGAGAACCACAAGGAUAUGCCGUGGAAUAUCAUUGAUUCGAUUGUAACGUCUAGCAGUAACACAUCUGAGCCCAACCCCAACACCAAUGCGUCACAAAACCCUGCCACUCAGGGCAGUGCCAAGCAAGCGUCAAGUCAACCUCAUAUGCCACAUUACUUCGUCCAUCAACGUCCCACUCAAAGCCCUCAGCGCAGUAGUCGACAUGGUCACGACUUGACUCGGUCCCCGGAACUCGAACGACAGCAGAAGAGACACAAGUUGCACGGCUGA